AUGGAUUAACAGGCAGAAAAUGGGCCUAUAUUAUAAUUUAGCGAUAGAUGUAACAAUACGAUAUAUUUAAUAAACGAAGAUAUUUUUGUUUUAGUCACUACAAAGUAGAUUAAUUUAAUCUAAAAAAAAAAUUUAGAGCUAAUUCAAAAAAUUUAAGUAGAAUGCUCUCACAGUGUUAACAAAUAAGAUAUAAUUGUAUGCGGAUAUAAUAAUUAAAUUACAUCGUAUUAAAUUAGUUAGAUUGGUAAUAAAUAUGAUUUCUUAAAAUUAUACCAGAAGUAAUUAGAUAUGCCGUUAUAUAAGUUUUUCAAUAGUAUUUUACAAUCAACUGAAUUUAUUAUUAUAUUUGUCAACCACUCUAUUGCUUUUGUAGAAAGUUCAACAGGUUUAAUAACAAAAUAAUUUCCAAAAAUUCAUCAGCUAGCUAUAAUAGAUUUGAUAAUAUAUACUGAUUAAAUAAUUUUUAGUUACUCUUUUGAUAGUUAAUUAGUUUAAUACCUAGUCGAAAAUAAUAAUGUAAAAGUUUAAAGAUAAAUUCAUUUAGGAUUUCCUAUAUUUUAAAUUAUUGUAAAUUCCGAUUAUAUUUUAGUAAACUUGCAAAAUGUAAACUAUUGCCAAAUCUAUAAAAACGAUGAUUAUGAAUAAUUUACUUUACUGUAACUUAUUUAAACAGCAUCUCGUUGGUAGACAUAUUAGUAAAUUAUACUUUAACCAGAAUACUAAUUGAUUUUAGUGAGUUCUGAUUUCUACUAUAUUCUAUAUGAUUAUUAAUCAUUUGAAUUAAUAAAUUUCUAUCAGAGCAAUUUUCUAGUGGAGACCAAUUUUAUGAAAAGGAAAGCUACUCUUCUUUAAAAUUAGCAAAUCUUUGUGUAAUUUGGGUAGACUUUUUCAAUAAUUUCUUCUAAUGAAAAUCCUGAAUCGAUAUAAUUGAGCGUUGUAUAAUAAUUUCUAAAUAGAAACUAAUUUUAUGAAAAUAUUUAUUUAAAAGUUGAAUAAGUAGGAUUUGAUUAUAUAAUAAGUGUUCUUUCAUAUAAUUACAAUGGUAUCAAUUAUAUGAUGGCAGAUACCUUGGGGUAAAUGUCAUGCUAAUAUAAUACUAAUGAUGCUGAUUAUUUUUAAUUAUAUAAAAGACUAAGCUAAUAUUAAAAUUUGAGGAAAAAUAGUUUGAUAAACUACGAAUCCUAUCAGUAACAUAAAAUUCUCAUAAAUAUGUAUUAAAAUUUUAAGUUUAAAGGAUUUCCAGUAUUGGAUUCUAAAGUAGAUAUGCAAAUUUAACUUAUAAUAAACGGAGCUAAUUAUUCAAAAUCUGUUGAAGGAAGUAUAAAUAUAAAUUAGUUAAUCAAUUCAUAAACAUUAGUAGAAAUAUAGUUAUAAAAUUUAAUAGUUUAUUUUCAAGAAGAAGAAUAAUAAUAGCAAUAAUUAGGAAAUGUUUAAUUAUAAAAAUUAUAAUUUCUUUCAUGUUAAAUAAUCUUUUAAAACCAAUCUUUAAAUGUUUAAAACCUGUAAUUAUUUCAUUUUAAUAAUGUCAGUAUAAUUAAUCAAGAUAUUUAAACCUCCUUAAAUAUUGAAAACACAGAACUUUUAAUAAUAGAAGAGAGCUACUUUACUGAUAAUAAUAUUAAUACAAAACAAUUUCUUACUUUUAAUAACAGUGUUAAUUAUGAUAAAGAUUCAGAAUUUAUAUUUAGAAAUAAUAAGAUUGCAAAUAAUAAAAUAAAAUCGACUAAUUUCUUUUUAAUUUAGUACGCAUAUUCAAUUACUAUGGAUUUAAAUGAAAUUUUUGAUAAUGUUAGCACAUAGCUCUCUAUCUUAUUGUAAACUGUAAUAUCGAAUAAUAUUAAUUUUACCUAUUUAAAUUUUAAUAAUAAUAUAAAUCUAGCAAUAAUUUAUGACAAUUAUUUUUUAUAAUAAUCUCAAAACUCCUUAAUUAAUAAUUUGUAAGUAAAAAAUAGUUACUUUGGAAUGUCUUUGAGUAAAAUAGAGUCAAAUAAAUACUUAAUUCCAGAUAGCUAUAUGAUAUAUGCUAAUUUUUCCUUUAUUGAUUUUCAAAUUAUAUCUAUGAAAAAUUAAUUAAGCAACUCAACUACUGGUUUAAUAACACUUAUUUCAGAGCAGAUUUAAAUAAAGAAUUUUAAGCUAGAAGAUAAUUAAUUAUAAAACUUUUCACCAAUUUUUAUUACCUAAAGCUAAGUGCUAAUAGAUUAAUCAUAUUUUACUUCAAAUAAACUUUAUUCUACAUAAUACGGAGGAGGUGUCUUUUAUUUUGAGUCUUCUUAUGUUGAAAUAUAAAAUAGUUAAUUUUUUGAAAAUGAAGCUUAAAAUGGAGGAUCACUAUAUUUUAUUAACAUGUGUGAUGGUCAGUUAAAUAAUGUAACCUUUACGAAUAAUACAGCAAGAGAAAAUGGUGGAGUUUUUUUACUUAAUGACUCAAAUAUCUAGAUAUCGAAUAGCACUUUUGAAAGAAACAAAGCUAUUAUUGGAGGAGUAGCUAGGUACUUGAACUUUAUACCUUAAUUCCUUAAAAAAAAUAGUAACAGCUCAGUUAAAGAUUCGUGUGGUACUGCUUAUUAAAAUGAAUGCAUAAAUAAUUAAGGUUAAUUCUAUGGUAACAAUUUCUGUUCUUAUCCUUAAAGCGUUAAAAUUAAUAAUCAGUCUUUACAAAAUGGAUCAAUAUAUACUUUUAAAGAUAUAUAAAGUGGAACGCAAAAUAAUAUUUUGAAAAUAAACAUCUUAGAUGAAGAAGGAAGUUAAGUAAAAUUUUAGAGUUCAGAAAAUGUCCCAGAUAAAAUAAUAUAAGAAUUUUCUUAAUAUUUUGUUGAGCUCUAAGAGUUAUAUAUUUUAAAUAAUAUCCAAGAUUUAAGGUAAAUUGACUUGAAGUUAUAGGGCGCAACAAUUUAAUCUUUUGAGUUUGAUGAAUUUCUUUUAAAUUAGUACUAAGUAUCAGGGCAAUUAGGUAAAAUAGGGAGAGCAGUUUUGUAAUUUAAAGGAUUUCACUUGUUUUCUAAUUUAACACAAGGAUUUACUGAUACUUUAACUAUUUAUAUAGAUUACAACUUUAGAUAUUGUUAAAUAGGAGAAAUAAUAUAAUCAGCUUGCACAUCUUGUUCAUUAGCAAACUGUUAAACAUGUUAAAAUGGUACAUAUUCAAUUGAAGAUCCAAACUCAAAUACAAAUAAUAUAUAAUGCAAGCCUUGUGAUUAUUCAUCUUGCAUUUCUUGUUUAGGAAGCUAAAUUACUUUAAAAUAAGGAUUUUGGAGAUCUGAUAAAUUCAGUGAUAAUAUACUAUCUUGUACUACAAAAUAAUAAAAUUUUUGUAACGGAUAAGAAGAUACUAAUUAUUGCUCUGAAGGUUUAAUAGGACCUCUUUGCUAGACUUGUGAUAUAUUAGGAUCAUUUUGGAAUCAUUCUUAUGGAUAAAGUGGUUUAGAAGUUAAUUGUUAUAAAUGUUAAUCAGAAGGAAAAUAAAUAGCUGAAUAGAUUUUAAUAUGUUUCAUUACUCUAUUAUAUUUGACAUAUUUACUUUACUAAACUAAAAUGAAUUUAAAUAUGAUGACUAAGGUUUUGAUUAUUGAUAGGCUAGGGCUAAUAAGAUUAGGCAAUUCAGGCUAAAUAGGUGAAAAAAGUUUUUAUAGUAGAUUGAUGAUUAGAUAUCUUUAAAUCUUUAUCAGUAUUUCCAAUCUUUGCCCAAAACAAAUAUUUAACUUUAAAAUAAUCUCAAUAUUUUCUCCUGUAAGUUCAAAUUAAAAUUUGCUGGAUUGUAUUGUAAGUAAAUUUGGUACUAUCUUACCAGUGUAUUAUUAUAAAGUGUUAUUUUUUAUAGCAUUUCCUUUAAUAAUCAUUCCCUUAGGGUUCUUAUUCUACACUGUGAUUAUUAAAGUAAUAAGUUUUUUCUCUAAAUAAAAUAAGAGUUCUUUUUAUUAUGAAUACAAGAAAGAUUCAACUGUGAUUUGUUUCGUCUUCCUUUUCUUUUUCUUAUAGUAAAGUUCCUUUGAGUCUUUGGCUUAGAUAUUUACUUGCAAAAAGAUAGGUAAGGAGUCGUUUAUGAGCUACUACUUAUUAGAAAAGUGCUAUUCAACCAAUCAUGUGAUUUUGAUAAUAUCUAUGAUAAUGCCAAUGACAUUAUUAUGGAUAGUUUUAGUACCAGGGAUAUUGAUUUAUAAAAUAUGUAGUAAAUCAAAGCAUUUUGAUACAUUUUCACAUCAAUUUGAAUUAAUUAGAAAGUAUGGUUUCCUCAUUUGUGGAUAUAGAUAAAAAUUUUAUUUGUGGGAGUUUUUAGCAAUGAACUUGAAGUUGAUCUUAGUCUUUUUAGUAAUAUAUUUUGAUUCCAGCGUACUUAUUAGAGCAUCUUUGAUACUAAUUAUCCUUUACUGCUAUCUUCUGCUUUUACAAAAAUAUUAACCAUACUAAAAGGUUAAAUACUAUAAAAUAGACUUAUUUUUUUCUUAAAUUUGUUGUUUGCUCACAAUAAUAAAUAUUCUACUCAAUAUUAUAGAAUAAGAUAUUCUUAUAUACCUUGGUACUAUUGUUGCUUAUAUUUUGCAAACAGCCGCAUUUUUAAAAAUCUUCUUUGCUUACUUAGAUACCUCAAUUUUUCUUACUUAUCAUUAGUUAAAAAAUACUAAGGUUAUAUUAAUUAUAAAAGGAUGUUUGCAAAGCAAUUCAAAUUUUUUCAAGUUCAUUAAAAAAUACUUAAAAUAGCAUAUGAACUCUCUUUAUUUAUUAAUCUAUUGCACAGAAGACAAUUCAUUUAAAAAAUUCAAUAAUUUUUAGCUUCUUCGACUUUAAAUUUAAGAUUAUAUUUAGAGAAAAAAAAGAGAUAAAAAUGCACCUUUCUUUUCUAAUUCUGAGCCUAAUGAUCAAAAUAGCUUUAAAGAGGCUAAUAAUUUAGCAUAUAAUACAAGAAAAAAGCUUCUUUCCAAAAAGAUGAAAGAAAACAGUACUUUAAAAUAGAGCGGUCUAUUUUUAAAUAUAAACUAAACUUCUCCAAAAAAAUUUUUGGUUUAGUAUAAUACAGAAAUCUAAUCUACAACAUAAAAUUUUACUCUUAGCUAAUAAGGAAGUCCAAAACUAUAUAAAAUGUUUUCUGAAUUACAAAACAAAAAUCAAAAGGAUAUUGACUAAUAAAUUAGUUAAAAUGUUAGUGAGCAAGAAGAGAAUUAAUAAAAUAACUGCUUAGCUAAGUAUAAUUUUAGAACAAGAAGUAAUUUUAUAGUAAAAACAAACAAAUUUCAAAAUUUAUUAUUUAAAGAUAAUAAUAUCAAAAAUAUCUAUCGUGAUUAGUUUGCGCUGUUGAAUAACCAAAUAGAGUACAGAGAUUAUAAAAAGAAUGACUAAGAAUUAGAUUCAAUCUUUAAUGAUUAACUUUCUACUUUUAAAAAAACAAACUCUUAAAUAUGA